AUGUCGGAAGUUUCGGAUAUUGAAAAGCAACAAACGAAGCUCGAGGAUGAUAUCAGCAAGCUUCAAAGUGCUUUAAAGCACUGGCAGACUUGGGAUGCUGAAUAUGAGAUGCUCAAGGAAGAGAUUCUGGCUGUUUGUGAGAACGGCGAGAACGAACUAAAGACCAUCCAUGCCGGCUUUGAGGGCGAGCUUCUCAAGGAUCGCGAGCUUGAUGAGAUCUUCGGCGAGAGGGCACACCGAUCAGGUGAACAGAUCUUGAAUAUUCUUGAUCGGCGCAUCGACUAUGUCAUCAAAAACAUAGAAAACUUGCAGAAGCAAAUCAGCGUUGCCGAGGACAAACUCACCGAGCUUCAACCAGAUUUCACUCAAGACGACGGCCUACCGAUUACGGAAAUUAUCGAGGAGCUUGACGAUGACGACAACGUCAUUUCGUACAAGUUGAACCAACCCGAUAGCGCUUUACCUCAGAUUCAGCAAGCCCUUGAAAAGGCUGGCGUUGAAGAUUUUGAGAACGAUGACUCCAGCCCACUCGCAGAGAGCUCCAAAGGAAAGAAGCCGGUACCAAAGGCAUCCGUACCAAAGGCGGAGCCUGCGCCCGUCGUGCCUAAAUUACCCUCAAAGGAGAAUCUACCUCAAUCGACAGAUGUUCAAACAACAAAAUUAGCACCCUCUGCAAGCAAAGGUGUUUCAUUUGCUGAGGAUACCAAAGCGCAAGACGGCCCCGUGCCCCAAGUCUCGCGCAAUGUCAAGCGUGUUGAAGAGAUCAUGAGUCACGCUAAAGAGCAAGAGAAGAUCACCAACGAGCAAGCAUACAUCCCCGAGGAUGAGGAUGAGGAUGAUGCGGAAUUACGGCGACAGAUGCUUGAAUACUCUGGUGAAGUUGGCGCUGUUGUUGCCGAGCUCCAACUCGAAGAAGGAGAUAGCGACGACUAUGAGUACGAAGAAUAUAGCGACGAAGGUUUUGAUGAGGACGACGAUGAUGAAGAUAAGUAUGGCCGGUAUACUGGUCGUGUUGUUACAGAGGACUAUCGUCAAAGGAUGCUUGAGCUGGAACAGAAGCUGGGCAUCAAGUCGCGUUUCACCGAACGACCAGAGGACAAGGACGCCGAGGCGAGUUCAGAAGAAGAGGAUGAUAAUAAGGAAGAGGGCAUCGGCCGCAUUGUUGUGAAGUCAACCCCUUCGACGACAACACCAACACCAACAUCGCAAUCCUCAGCCUCAGCCUCAGCCUCAAAACCUGCGCCUACCAAAUCAAAUAUCAAGGAAAAGCAACCGGAGCCUGCCAACGGCAAAAAGGGCGUGCGCUUCGCCUCUAGUCUGGACAUUGCACAGGAGAGCGAGUCUACAUCACUCCCGGUGAGAGAGGCUCCUAUCGUGGAAAAGGAACCCAUAGUGGAACCAUUGAGCGACAUUGUCGAGCGUUCCACCUCCAAGACCCCCGACACGACAAACACCAAGUCGACGCGUAAACCAUCGCGAUUCAAAAAGGCGCGAGACACUGUUCCACCUGGCCCUCUUGAUGUUCCUGCCACAUUCAUCGACCAAGAUCGUCCCAUGGCGCCUACUGGCCCUGACGGCACAACAUUGGCUGAUACAUUAGUUGAGCGUGAACCAACAAGGGUUGCUCAACCACCUGAUGAAUUCGAUGACGAACUGAUACUGCAAGAAGUUGCCGAUGAGCAUCACAAGCUGCGAAAGAAGUUCAUCCAGCGGGAAGGUGGGUUCCUUAAAGAAGACGAGUCUCCUAUCCAGCCUCUGGAAGAGCAAGAUGGUGGACGAGAGCGCGUCAGCCGCUUCAAGGCGGCCAAACUCUCGAAAUAUUAG